UCAAGGGAUUUUUCAUUGUUUUGUUCACAGCAGUGUUUCCAGAGGGUUAAUUGGAUGGCUGUUGAAAUGAUAAGAUCUUAACUUGCCGUAAAGGGCAUCUGCUAAAAACUGAAGUGUUAAAUUAACUCAUUGAUGUGAAAAGAGAAAAAGAACACUCGUUUAUUGUGUUUUCCACUUGUUGCAUCACUUUGGCCUUCAAAGGCAGUAUACUUUUAAUACUUAAUUUGCCAGUUUAACUUUACAAUUAAGUAAACUUAAGAAAUGAAGGUUAAACCAAUGUCCUUGUGUCACGUGGGAAAGGUGAGAUUCAAUUGUUUGAUUAAAUUCAAAAUGCCUUAUUAGUCCUUUUUAAGGGGCAAUUUGAUGCAAGUUUGCAAACACAAAUUACACAAUGAAUUCACAUUCAUAAAAAAAAAAAAAAAAAAAAAGUAAGACAACCGUUGAAACAGUUAUUUGGCAUAUCAUCACCAAAAACAUUUCAUUGAUCUCCAAACUUGAAGAACCAUUACAUUACACGUCAUUUACCUGACUCUUUUAUCCAAUGAGACUUACCAUUGCUAUAUAUGUCAGAGGUCGCACGCCUCUGGAGCAACUAGGGGUUAAGUGUCUUGCUCAGGGACACAUUGGUUGAUGUAUCGCACUGGGAAUCGAACCCAGGUCUCCCACACCAAAGGCAUAUGUGUCCCAUCCACUGAUCCAUCACCCACCACCCUUGAAACUUUCUCAACCUCAGAAACCCCCCUCCUCAUAUCCUCCUUUUUGUCCCCCUGGGAGGUGCCUCAUAGAAAGGAAAUAAACCAGUAACCUUUCCUGUCACCGCAUCCCCAGCUGUCCCCCGGGACUAUAUUGCCUUGUCGUCUCGAUAGUUGUCCAGUUUCCAAACCGGUCUCUGUGCUUGCAUUGACGUCAAACGAGCAGGCGGGAUGUAUAAAACCCUCCGUCCUCGCCAGUCGCCGCUCACAGGGACUUUUCAGACUCGGCUCCGACCUGAGAUCCCACCGGCCGACCACAAAGUUCAGCUGCAGCAUCUGGAGAGAAUAAAGACAUGAAGCCAGUCCCCCUGCUCCUGCUCCUCUCCUCGGUCCUCCUCUCAUCACACCUCCGCCCCGCUACCGGUAGACCGCGCAUCCUCCCCGGCUGGCUGGAUGGAAGCGGCCGCCUCCAGACGCAGCAGCAACUGGCCCAAGUGCUCCUCAGAGCGGCCGCCGCCGGCGACAGCGCCGCGUCAGAUCUACUGGGCGACAACAUCCUGAGGUUUCUCCAAAAAAGAAACACGAACCCUCUGCGCCUGCUCCCACCCGAAGAGGAGAGCGAGGAGGAUGAGGCGGUGAGGACGGCGGCGCAGCUGUGGAAACGGAACGAAGAGCCGCCGCUGUCCAUCGACCUCACCUUCCACCUGCUGAGGAAUAUGAUCCAGAUGGCCAAGAUAGAAAGCCAGCGGGAGCAGGCUCAGCUCAACCGCAAAGUCCUCGACGAGAACAAAAGGAAACAAUGUGGGAGGCUAAAAUCUGGCCAAGUCAGUCUUCUGGGCUGCUGCAGGAGGUACCACAGAUGGAUAACGUAUAGAAAGGAAUGCAGCGAGAACCUCGAGUAAAGAACAAAAGAUGAAUACCAUGAGAUCAGUGUCAUCUUCCCACGUCCAAACAAUCACCAGUAACUCUCCAGCUGCUCAGCCUAAUGUCACACAAACGCAGCACGGAGGAGGAUUC